UUAUAUUUUCAAACUCGGAAGAUUCAAAAUAAUUUCCGUUUUUUUCAAUAUUUUUAAUUUCAAACAAGCGCAAAUUUUUCGUGCAUAAAAAUGGCUCCCGUAGUAAAAGGUCAGGAAAUUCUUAUGGCCCUGGAAGAAAUUCAAGAGCCAGCUAACUUAACUGAAGUGGUUGAACAUCUGGUAGAAAAUUUCGGCACCCCAGUAGAAAACAUCAUGAAGAAGGCACAAUCCGCCCUGGAGGCUGGGGUUAAAUAUGGUUAUAUAGAGAAGGAGAAUGAAUUUUAUUUUAUACCCGAAGAUGCCAACGAAGCUGAUGGUGGUAAUGUGGAAAAGAAUGCUGUAGAAGCGAAGGCCGAGCAAGCGAAAGAUACAAGCGAUUGUUAUGGCAAUCAAAGAGGUAUGCGAAGACGUCAAAUGGGUGAGAAACGAAGACGCAGAUCUCGCAGCCGUUCGGCACGCAGAAGUUCAAGACGUCGUCGUCGUUAAAUUUUGAGGUUAUUGUAAAUUUGUUAUUGAUGUAUCGUAAUUAAAAUUAAAUGUAAUUUUAUUUUUUUUAUUCAUUUUAUUUUGAUAAAUUAUUAAAAAUAUAUAUAUUUUUGAAAAUA